GGGAAAAUAGUGUAAAAAGAACAUAAAACGCUACAUAACCUGACGGUUGAACGGCGUUUUCGUGAAAGGAAAAGAGAACAAAAACUUGAUGUUUCUGUUUUUAUCAACCAAAAAGACAGUAAGAGAAAGUAGAAUAAAGAACCAAAUAACAGGAUGCAACAAAUGAGAAUAUGAAAAUGCUGUGAAUGAUUUAUAUGUGUUGUUUAUCACAUCAAAAAGCUGAAUAUUUUUCUUAAUUGCAGCUGUAUAUAUUUGAAUAUUAUCAAUUGACAAUUAUUGUGAAAGUUUUUUCGAGUAUUUGCUUAUUACUGUGCAACACGACAAGAUGGGAGGCGGAGAUUUGAAUUUGAAGAAAUCAUGGCAUCCGUCUACUAUGAAGAAUAUGGAGAAGGUAAGGAAGGCGGAGCAGCAAAAUGUCCAGGAGACUAAACGGAUAGCCGAAUUGAAGAAGGAGAUUGAAAUGGAGAAGGACAUGGAGGACAUAAAAAAGUACGCCAUCGAACAAGGUGUGAUAGAGAAAAAGGAUGAUAAGAAAUUGGACUGGAUGUACAAGGGGCCGAAUCAAGUAAUCAAUAGAGAGGAGUACUUAUUAGGAAGGCCAGUUGAUAAGGCUUUUGAGCAAAUGCAACAGGCAGAAAAAGAUAUCGAGCUGAAUAGGAUGCCAAAGAAUCACGUUGAAUACGAAUGCAUCCCACCUUCACUGCGAUUUUUCUCUGGCAACGAACAAGUGGAUCUGGCUAGAAAAAUACAAGAGGAUCCUCUGUAUGCUAUAAAGAAGAAAGAAAUGGAAACUAAGAAUCAGCUUUUGAAGAAUCCUGUUAAAUUAAAACAACUUAAGGAGUUGCUGGAGAAACAAUCGAACAAGAGUAAAAGUCAAAAGAAAAAAAAGAAGUUGAAGCAGAAGGAUAGUAGCGAGGAUGAGGCUAGAUUGGAUAUUUUGUUAGCUACUAAAUAUAAACAAUUAAAAGACAAUAUUAGUGAAAAGGACUUGCUGAAAUCAAUGAAAAAAAUAAGUCACAAACAAGCGAAGAAGUCCAAAAGGCAUCGUGAUUCUGACAGCGAAACGGACAGCAGCAAUGACGAUACUUCUAUCAAAGAAAAAUGGUACAAACGACAAAAAAAGCGAAGAGAAAGUACAAGUGACAGUGACAAUGACAGCGAUAAUAGUAACAGUAACAAGAGCAUCACUAAAUGUGAAAGGGAGGAUAAUAAAAAGAAAUAUGAUAGAAAAUAUUCGAGAAAUGACACAAAAAUAGACGACAGUAAGAAAGAAGUUAGAAGAAGAAAAUUGAGUGAAGACAGAAAUCCGAAUUAUGAGAGAGGCAAAAAGUAUAGAGAUGAAUAUGACACAAACAGUAAACGACGACGGUAUGACAGUAAUAGACAAAGAGAUGGUUCAAGAAAUAAAUACGGUGAUGAAAAGAGAUAUUCAGUGGAGAAACAAAAUGAUACAGAUAGAAAAGAAGAAAAAUACAGAUCAAAAGCAAGAUCGAGUCUUACUGAGAAGGAAAAGGAACAACGGCGAAAAGAGAUGAUGGCAAACGCAGUAUGGCGUGAUAAAGAAAGAGAGAGAAACGUAAAAAUAUACCGCGAGCAACAGAAGAAGGAAGAGCAAACUACAUCGUACGAUAAGGAUUUUAUCAGAAAACAAUUGGUCGUCGCGACAGAAGUGGGUACUAUCGCAUCUAGAAUUAAAUCUAACAUUAACAACAUACAACGUUCCGGACGAGCCAUGGAUACAAAUUUCGCUAAAAGAUGACUUUUAUGUCCGAUUACAUGAACUUUAUACAAUUAUACAUAUAGUACUGCGAUUUUUAUCUAGAAACUAUACAUAAAUGUAAAAAUAUUAAAACAUAUUAUUAUUACCUGGGAGAGUAAAAA